AUAGGGUGGUGGCUGGGGACUGGAAGUGCCACCUAGAGAGGUGUGAGGACCACCCUCUUGCCUGCAAGUGGGCAGGACCAGCUGCCCCAGACAGACUCUAGCAGCGGACAACCCUAUGGACCCCUCCUCCUUCUUCUCCAGCUGCCGGCAUCUCUGUAGGGCUAACGGUUUCAGUCGACCAGCUGCCAAGAAGCCUUGCCCACACACAACCCUGAAGAACUUGACCAUCAUCUGGGAUGGCAUCCUUGGGGUGCAGUCUGUGGUCUCCCCGCACAUCAGCCACUGAAGGUCCAUCCUUGGCUGGACUCUAUGCACAGGUCGACCUUCACCUGGGCUGCUCUCGCUGUACCCAGUACCUCAAUGAGAGCACCUUCAUUCUGCUUGAAGUAGAGCACAGCUGCUCCAGAGAGAUCUUGCUGGUCCGCUACAAGCAAGCAGCCAAGGGCGAUGUCUGGCGUAAGGUAGGCCGCAGGCCCAGCUUUCCAAGGCCUAUGCGCUAUCAAGUCUGUUACUACUAUAGCCCAGGGUUGGGCUGCAGGCGCCACCGGAACAGAUGUACCUUUGCCAGCAGCCAAGAGGAGGCACUGGUCUGGACAUUUGAGCGCAAGUACAACCUCUCCCGACUAACACUGAAAGCUGCUGUGCAGGGUACCAGAGCUGCAGAUAGGCCGCAAGCCCCAGCUGACAUCAUCCGAGCAGAGUUUGGUGGCCACUUCGAACUGCUCUGUGCCUUCUGCUUCAAGUGCUGUCCUCCAUGUCUCCGCCCCGUAGAUUCCAGGGGCCGUUGCCCUAAGCACCAAAUCUGCCCCACACUCCUCAUCCAUGUUAUAGCUGAGGGCCGAAAGCGACAGUUUGUGGAGGUGCGGCCACAGCCAAAACAAAACCAUCCUUUAAACUACUGCAUGUUUGUGGGCCGUGGGGAGCCAUGCCGCCAUGGGGCCUCACGCUGUAAGUAUGCACACAGUGCUGUGGAGAUGGCUGUGUGGAAGGCUGAGCAGUUAGAUGGGCUUCGGAGAGAAGAUCUGCUCGUAUAUCCUGUCCUUGGAGAAGACAGAUGGAAAGCCAGCGAUGGUCAGGUUCCUGUGGUCCAACUGUACUGCUAUGCCUGCCUGGUCACCUGUAGUUCUCAAGAGGCAUUUGAGAACCACUGCUCCUCCCUGGAGCAUGCACAGAUGGUGGCCUUUGACCACGCUGUGCCCUGGAAGCACCGUGCCCCACCAUUGGGGCUCUCCAAGUUUGAGCUCUGCCCUAGGCCUGACCUCUGUGAGUACGGGGAUAUCUGCAUCAAGGCACAUUCAAAACAAGAGUUGCAGGAGUGGGUUCAGCGGGCAGAGGGUGUGGAGCUGCGAGAACAGGCUGCCUGGCAGGAUGGGCUGGUACCUUACCAGGCACGGCUGCUAGCAGAGUACCGGAACAGCAGCAAAGAGAUGUUGGUGAUGGCUGAGACUGUCGAUGGGGUAUCUGUCACUUGCCUCCAGCCGCUGGUGCAUCAGGCCCAGGAGAAGAAGACCCAGCACAAAUGGAUGUUCACCAUCCGCUCUGAGGAUCCCUUGCUACAUGUGGCCCUACUCAAGCAAGAGCCAGGAGCAGCCUUUUCACUGGUGGCCCCCACUCUCCCACCAGACCAGCUCUAUGCACAGGGAAAGCACUUCUGUGUGCCCAACUCCCCGGCCCAGUUCCAGGUAGGGGUUCACGUACAGGCUGCCUCCUUUGGCAGCUUUGAGCAAUGGGUGGUCUUUGACUUUGGUCGCAGGCCAGUGCUGCUCCAGAAGCUGAAGUUGCAGCUAGGUCAGGCACAGAGCCUGGAGCUCAAUGGGAAGCCAGCAACCAACCACACCCAGGAGCUAGAAUGUUGGCACACAGGCAACCGCCAUGUGGUGCGUGAGGUAGAUUGGACACCUGAACAGGAAGCCCUGAUGGCCAAGUACAAGUUACCAUCCUUGGCCCCGGAAGUCAGUGGUCUGGUCUGGGGACCCAUCUCUCGAACAAACUACCGACAGAGGAUGCACAGAUUUCUCUAUGAGGAGGAAGCAGCUCAGCAGCAGCUGGUAGCCAAGCUGGCCAGGAAGGGCCGGGUAUCCCUGAAGAUGGCACUGCAGACACCAGCGCUCGGCAUGCUCUUCGCACCACCAGGAGCCCUCUACGCCGAGGUCCCCUUCCCUUCCUCUCUCUUGCCAGACACUGACCAGGGCUUCCUGCUGAGCCGAGCAGUCAGCACAGCCCUUGUGGCUCCUGUGCCUGCGCCUGACAGUACAGUAUACCAAGUGCGGCUGGAGACACGGGCCAGCUCAGAGCAUGCACUAUGGCUGCUGUUACCAGCACGAUGCUGUAUGGCUUUGGGGCUGCAGCCAGAAGACAGCCCCAUCUUGGAGGUGCAGUUCCAGAUUGACCCUCUGACCUUCCGGUUCUGGCAUCAGGCAGUGGAUGCACUGCCUGAGGAGCGCCUGGUGGUUCCCAACCUGCCCUUGUGCUCCCUGCCCCACCCCUGGCCCACCCCACCCUCAUUUCGUGGCAAUCACAAACAGAAGAUGGCUCUGGGGCUCAUUGCAGGCAGAAGACCUGAGGGCACAAAGCCCAUUCCACCACUGCUCAUCUAUGGCCCCUUUGGCACUGGCAAGACCUACACACUGGCCAUGGCUGCCCUCGAGGUUGUCCAGCAGCCCCACACCAAGGUGCUCAUCUGCACACACACCAACAGUGCUGCAGACAUCUAUAUCCGGGAGUAUUUCCACGACUAUGUCAACCGUGGCCACCCAGAGGCAGCUCCACUCAGGGUCAUGUACAAGGAUCGUCCUCCAAGACAGACUGAUUCAACCACAUUGCAGUACUGCUGCCUGACCGAGGAUCGCCAGGCCUUUCGCCCGCCCACAGAAGCAGAGCUGGUACAUCACCGCUUGGUAGUCACCACCACUUCCCAGGCUCGUGAGCUCCACGUACCAGCCGGCUUCUUCUCCCACAUUUUCAUCGACGAGGCAGCCCAAAUGCUGGAAUGCGAGGCCCUUAUCCCACUGGCCUAUGCUGUGUCAUUAACCCGUGUAGUACUGGCAGGGGACCACAUGCAGGUCACACCUAGGCUCUUCAGUGUGCCCAGGGACAAGGCAGCUGGGCACACACUGCUGUACCGCCUCUUCCUGUACUACCAGCGGGAGUUAGACAAGAUUGCCCAGCAGAGCCGCAUUAUCUUCCAUGAGAACUACCGUUCAACUGCAGCCAUCAUCAACUUCGUUUCCCACCAUUUCUAUGUAGCCAAGGGCAAUCCCAUCCAGGCCAGUGGCAAAGUCCCAUGUCAUCCCAAACACUACCCUCUCAUGUUCUGCCAUGUGUCAGGCAGCCCUGAGCAAGACAUGUCAAUGACAUCCUGGCUUAACUCAGCUGAGGUCACCCAGGUAGUGGAGAAGGUACAGGAGAUCUACAACACUUGGCCUCACUGCUGGGGACCCCGGGAGCAGAGACAAAUCUGUGCUGUCUCUCAUGGUGCCCAGGUCAGCGCACUGAGGCAGGAGCUAAGAAGGAGGAACCUGGGUGAGGUGUCUGUGGGCAGCUUUGAGAUCCUGCCAGGGCGUGAGUUCCGGGUGGUGGUAUUGAGCUCUGUUCACAACCGAAACAGUCUGCUCAGCCCGGGGGCACCAACCUCAGAAUUCUUCACUGAGCCCCGUGUCCUGAACACGGUCAUGACCCGUGCCCAGUCUCAGCUGGUGGCUGUGGGAGAUGCUGUGGCUCUCUGUUCCUCUGGAGCCUGCAGGAAGCUCUGGAAAAGCUUCAUCCGUGAGUGCAUAGAACAUCACAGCGUCUUCCCCGAGGACCUGUCACUGGGGCAGAUCGAGCAGGGUGUGGCCCAGAGACAGCACUGGGCCUCUCUGACACUCAGAACUGGGGGCCCCAAUGCAGAGCACAAAGUUAUGGCCCAGAACCUGCAAAGUCCCAUAGCUCAAGGGACCACAGUCAGAGUGACAGCAGAGGCUAGAGCCAGGGCAACGGUCACAGCACAGACUGAGGCAGGAGCAGCAGGGGAUACAGCAAGAGGAGACUCAUCCUCUAGAGAUGCAGAAGUGUCCACCCUGGAUGGUGGGGUGUCUGAGGAACCUGAGGAUUCCGAAUCCGACUUCUGGCCCUCUGACUGGGAGCUCAAUGCCGAUGAUGCCAUCCUGAAGGAACUGCUCGAUGAGAGCCGGCAAGUGACUGUCACUGUUAGGGAGGAUGGGCUUCUGGACACCAUGGUUUGGCCUGCAUCCCCACAGCAGGCCCGACAGUACACUAACCUCCCCUCAGUCAUGCUGCGGAAGUUGCUGCGCUCAGACCCCAAGCAGUACCGCCGCUGCAGCUUCCUGCAGGAGACCUUUGAGAGAGCAUUGGCCACUCCACUGGAUGAUGUGGCCUCUAGCCCUAUCCAGGUCAGGGGUCGUCUGAACUGUGGGAUGGCCUUCUCAGGGGAUGAGGUCCUAGUACAGAUCCUGGGCCCAGCAGUUGAUGACAGGGGCAUUCCAGGAAGCCUGCAGGGUCUCGUGGUGGGUGUGCUGAAGAGGAGGAGGCAUGAACUGGCCUUUGUGUGUCGGAUGGAUGAGUGGGACUCCCGCAUCAUGAUCCCCAUCAAUGGCUCUGUGACCAAGAUUUUUGUGGCAGGGAUGAAGGACCCACAGCAAGUUCCCAUCCACCGGCUCGUUCAAGGCCAGGUGCAGCUUGUAAGGCAUGAGCGUCUCCUGCCUGAGGAUCGGAACACCAGGCUUUUCUGGGUCCGUAUUUUCCUUUGGCGGGAACGUUUCUACUACCCCCUAGGCAUUAUCUUAGAGGUGCUGCCCAAGGCCACUACCUGGGAGCAGGGCCUUCAUAUCCUUGACCUAGAGCAUGGCCUGAGGGCCCACACACCGGACCCAGCCUCUGUUUCCAAGGCUUUGCAGAAAUACCACUCAGAGCUAACCAUGGUCCCUGGUCACCGAGAGGACUACCGCCGCUUCUGGACCUUCACUGUGGACCCCCAGGGUGCCUGCAACCUUGAUGAUGCUCUUAGUGUCCGGGACCUCGGCGCGGUGUAUGAGGUGGCUGUGCAUAUUGCUGAUGUGGCCAGCUUGGUGCCCAAGGAUGGAGCACUGGAUGUGGAAGCCCGCCGGCAGGGCACUGUGUUCUAUGCCCCCAGUAAGGAGCCAGUGCUCAUGCUGCCAGCCAGCUUGUGCCAGGAUGCGCUCAGCCUUCUGCCAGGUCAAGAUCGCCUCACUAUUUCUCUCUUCCUCACCAUGGAGAAAGGCAGUGGCCAGGUCAAGAGUUUAUGGUUUGCACCCUCUGUAAUCCGCUCUGACCGCCAACUGUCAUAUGAGGAAGCCGAAGAACUGAUCAAGGGGCACCCUGGAGCUGGCCUGGAGCUGCCAGCCCACCUGGACUCUGUGGAGGCCUGCGUUGUGGCUGCCUGCUACUUCUCUUGGAAGUUGCGUGGUCAGCGCCUGCCAGCUGCCUGCUACUACGAGCCACCAGAUGAGGACAGUGUGCUGGGCUUCCGCACAGCCCACAUCAUGGUUCAAGAGUACAUGAUCCAGUUUAAUAGCCGAGUGGCUGAAUUCCUUGUGGGCAGUAAGCACACACAGAUACUCACCCCACUAAGGUGGCAACCCACACCCAGUAGGAACCAGCUUGACAAUGUUUUCAAGAAGCACAGAGGACUGGUGCCCCUGUCACUGCAUCUGUGCCACCGCUUGAAUACCCACUCCACCCCCAACAAGCAGCUGUAUCUCCUGACUUCCCUCUGGAAACAAGUGCAGCUUGCAGCUGGUACUCAGGACUACAGCCAGAUGGUGGACCUUAUUGCCGCAGAUGACAUGCACCCGUCAUUGGCUCCUGCUUGCCUGGACUUCCGGAGGGCUCUAGGCCGCUCUGUUUUUGGUCGCUGCAGCCGGGGUGAUCAAAAACCUGUUGGCCACUAUUCACUGCAGGUGGAUUGGUACACAUGGGCCACCUCACCCAUCCGUAGGUAUCUAGAUGUGGUGCUGCAGCGGUUAAUCCUGCUGGCGCUGGGCCACAGGGGCUCCACGUAUUCUACCAGGGAUAUCGAAGGGCUCUGCCAGGACUUUAGUCGCCAGUAUGCCUGCUCCCAGACCUACCAACGGCGGGCCUACAGCCUGCACCUGGCCAUCCAGCUCAAGGCCCAGCCUCGAAACAAGCUGGGCUUUGUGGUAGAUGCUGAGAUGGGUGCGCGCUGCUUCAAGGUGCUUUUUCCUAUAAACCGAGAAACCCUGCCUGACCCCUGCCCUAUCCACUACCACUCCCUGCAGUUGGCUGAGCAUCCCCAGGAGCUAGUGAGCCAGACAGGCAUGCGGCUGGUAUGGCGGCGCCGGAUCUACUCAGUGCAGGCGUCCAAGCCACCUUUACCACUGCCAGGCAUGAGUUUUGACCCGCACACUCAGGCUAUAGAGGCAGCCCUAUGGAGGAGGCUACUUGCUCUGGUGAAGGAGCAGCGCUGGCCUGAGGUAGCUGCCCUCAUCCAGGAGCAAGAGAAGACGCUUCCUCGUGGAAGGGAGCAGGUACAGGUGCACCAGAGCCGCUGUGGACACUUUACAGAGGUGGCCUGUGAGCUGGCCAGUGGAGAUACCCUGCCGGUACAGCUUGGUGCCAGCCUGCAGCGGGGCUUCCUGGCACCAACCCUGCAGCUGUGGACAGUGGUACCUGGUUUCAGCCUCUGUCUGGAGCACAUGGAACGGCCAGGUGACUGCUUUUCAGGCCAUGUGCACCAGGCUCUGCGGGACCAGUACAGAAGAGUAAGCGAGUACUCAGGUGUGUGGGAGCCACUCUGUGCCCUGGAGUCACUCACCAGUGCUGUUGCAGAAAAUGACUCCAUUGUGCUGCAGAAUGUGCCUAUUUCUUGGGACACAUCGCAGGGCCAGUUGCAGGGAACUUUCCAGCUAGAAGCUGAUUUUCUCCAGAAGAGCUGUAUCAGCAUCCACUUUGGCUAUUGUUACUUCUGCAUUCGGCUUGAGGGGCUUCCUCUCCCCUUAGCUAGCUCACUCCCUGGGCCCAGCGGCCUUGGCCCCUUUCUAAGCAUGGACCCUGAUACAUAUACCUGGGUGGCCCACGGGCUGUCUAGUGCCUGGGAUCAUGACCUGGCUGGUGACUGUGACCAGGAGGGUAUGGAGGAUCGGCAGGAGGUUACCAGGCAGGUACAUUUCUACGUCCACCACAUGGCCAUGGAGAAGGUUCCAGAAGAAGUGCUGAGACCUAGCGCUCGGUUCACUGUGGAAAUACUGUCUAAGCAGCUUCCUGAUCUCCGCAAGGAAGAAGCUGUUCGGAGACUGGCUUCGGCAUCCCCACUGGUCAUCAGCAUUGCCUUGGGCCAGCCCAUCCCUGAGCCCCGCCGCCACCCUCACCAACCUCACCAGCAUUCUUUCUGCAGGGCACCUACCAACAGGUUCUUGGAGCGGCAGAACUACAACAUCCCUGCUGGGCGUCAUAAGCUGAACCCUAGCCAGAACAGAGCCAUCAGGAGUGCUCUGGAGAAGCAAUUCACAGUCAUCCAGGGCCCACCAGGCACAGGAAAGACCGUUGUGGGCCUCCACAUCGUAUACUGGUUCCACAGGUCAAACGAGGAUAAGAUGCCAACUGUCAGCAGCAGUAGUGACGACGAACCUCUGGGGGGCCCAUGUGUCUUAUACUGUGGCCCCUCCAACAAGUCGGUGGAUGUCCUGGGAGGAUUGCUCCUGAGUAUGAGGAAAGAAUUGAGGCCUCUUCGUAUAUAUGGGGAGCAGGCAGAGGCCACUGAGUUUCCCCUGCCGGGAGUAAGCAACAGGAGUCUAUUUGGCAAGACCUCUCAGGAAGGAAGGCCGAAUCAGAGCCUCAGGAGCAUUACCCUCCACCACCGGAUCCGCCGGGCCCCCAACCCAUAUGCAGCACAGAUCCGAGAAUUUGAUGCCCAGCUCCGGGAAGGGAAAAUACUCUCAAGGGAAGAACUUGUGGUGUACAGGAGAGUCUUGGGGAAUGCACGCAAAUAUGAGCUCAGACGGCACUCAGUCAUCUUGUGCACGUGCUCCUGUGCGGCAUCAAAAAGUCUGAAAAAUCUGAGUGUUCGACAGAUCCUUAUCGACGAGGCAGGCAUGGCCACUGAGCCAGAGACCCUUAUUCCCUUGGUGUGCUUCUCCCAGACUGAGAAGGUGGUCCUGCUUGGAGACCACAAGCAGCUGCGGCCUGUGGUCAAGAAUGAACAGCUGCGAAAUCUGGGGAUGGACCGGUCUCUCUUUGAGAGGUAUCACAGGGAUGCCAUCAUGCUAGAUACACAGUACCGUAUGCACAAGGACAUCUGCUCCUUUCCUUCCAUGGAGUUUUAUGGGAGUAGGCUGAAGACCUGGCCUAAUCUGAAGCGUCCACCCAGCAUCCUCGGUCAUGCUGGCAAGGAGAGCUGCUCUGUCAUCUUUGGCUAUGUACAGGGCCAUGAGCAGAGGCUGCUGGUAUCCACUGAGGAUGGCAAUGAGAACUCCAGGGCCAAUCCGGAGGAGGUAAUAGAGGUGGUCCGCAUCACCAAGCAGUUGACCCUGGACCGGACAGUGGAUCCCAAAGAUAUUGCCAUCCUUACACCCUACAAUGCACAGGCUGCUGCAAUCACCAAGGGUCUCACUGAAAGAGGGGUCAAUGGAGUGACUGUGACUUCUAUCACCAAGAGCCAGGGGAGUGAGUGGCGCUAUGUGAUAGUGAGCACAGUCCGAACAUGCCCCAGGAGUGAUGUGGACCAGCGGCCAACCAAGAGCUGGCUCAAGAAGUUUCUGGGCUUUGUUGUGGACCCCCACCAAGUAAACGUGGCCAUCACCCGGGCCCAGGAAGGCUUGUGCUUCAUUGGGGACCAUGUGCUGCUACGCUGCUGCCCACUCUGGCACCGUCUCCUGGACUUCUGUAAAACCCAGAACAGCCUUGUGCCCGCUGAGAAGGUGCGGGUCAAGAGAAAGUCUGCUCUAGCUUCCUGAAGAGGCCCCACCUGCCCAGCCCUUGAUAUGCCAUCAUUCCUCUUUGCCAAGGGCCUGGGCACACAGUGGAUAGCCACAUCUCACAGUGACCACUGAAAUUAGUCAUCCACCUCUGCUAUGUCCUUGGGAAAGGCCCCAAUAUUGGCUGCAGUUGUGUAGCACUGAUAGUCUCAUGGGUGGUGGCCUCUUCCUGUGCCGGAAGCAGACUUAAUAAUGAUGACCUUCCUGUUUGUGCUUGGACUUGAGUGGAGGGCAAAGAACUGGAGGUGGGCCCCUUUGCUCUGAACUGUGUUCCUUUAUCCUCGGCAUCUGAUCACCGGAACACCUCUUAGUGGCCACAGAGGACCCCAGGGUAUACUUUUGCCAUUACUGGGGGCCUAAACAAAGAUGAGACUCCUCUGAGACUGACUUUGACACUGAGAUCAAUCUGUGGUUGCACUGACUAUUGUACAUUCUAUUGCCCUAUUUUCUAGUCUUAAUAACCUAAAGCAUCUUUUCCUGGGACACUCAGAGUGGACAAGAAGACUUCCUGGAAGAUAGACUUUCUCUCUCUUCCUGCUUACUACCUUGUGCUCUUCAGGGCUGCCGGCUAGUGCAGGGCCAGGGAGGGCAGGGCUCAACCAAAUGAUCAUAAUGGCCCUGUUCCUGGGAUGUGAAGAAAUAGCCCUGUGGGCAGGCAGCUUGGGAAUGAGGUACCUCCAGUACCUCUGGGCUGUGCUUCUUCACCAAGCUUCCAUACCUAUAUCCAGGGCUUUCUGGCACCAUCCUUUUCUACAGGGCUGAGCAGGUGAAAUCUCUCCCAUCAUGUCUUCCACUUAUACUCCCACCUCCUGGCAGUUCCUUCCUCUUCUGAGGUCAGAGAUGCUCCAAAUGAACUAUACACCAGAAGAACUGGGGCUCCUAAGGCCUGGUUUGCGGAGUCUCCUAUGAGAAUAAUAUCUGGUGUUUUCUACAAAUUAAAAUUCCACAUUCCAAUUUUUUAAUCUUUCCUCAGGUUAUGCUUUAUGUAACUGGAUAAUUUUAUUAUAAAAAUGGCUUUGAAACUU